CAAGUGGAAGAAGAAGAACGCGGAAGCGAUGAAAUUAAUUUUUCACUUUUGGUGAUGGCGGAUGUGGCUGAGAUAGACACUAUGAAGAAUUAUCACGGGGGGUUCGAGAAGAUCGAUGCCGAUACGAGUCGUUACCCCUACUGCAUCGUUUGGACUCCUAUCCCAGUGUUAUCGUGGUUUCUUCCAUUCAUCGGUCACAUGGGUAUCUGUACUUCCUCCGGUGUGAUCAGGGAUUUUGCUGGCCCGUAUUUCGUCUCUGAGGAUAACAUGGCUUUUGGCCGACCAACAAAGUACUGGAAAUUGGAUGUGAGCAAAGUGUAUGUCAGCGGCUCCAAUGCCUGGGACACAGCUGUGCACGAUGCCUCGGAGGAGUACAAGCACAGAAUGCACAACAUUUGUUGUGACAACUGCCAUUCCCACGUUGCCAUGGCACUGAACCUGAUGCGCUAUGACAACAGCACCUCUUGGAACAUGGUGAACCUAUGCCUGCUGGCCCUGAUCCACGGCAAACAUGUCAGCUGUGCGGGCUUUCUGAAGACUUGGCUGCCGUUCCUGUUGCUGACCGGGGUCUUCCUCACAGUGGGGUUAGCCCUUAACACACGGUGACCGAAAGACAGCCAGAAGGUGGGGGUUGGGGGGGCACAGGAGCUGUGGGACAAGGUGAACGGGGGAGUCAGAGAGACACAACACAAACCUCCAGCGAUGAAGAUGACAAGGAAGAGGAGGGAAGGAGCCAGUGUCUUUCUUUUUCUUUGUAGGGUGCAUUUUAAUAGUGUUUGAUGUGGUGUACUUAGAGUAGCAGGAAGAGAUGUGACAUUAGUCUCACUGCCCUACCCCAUGCCAGCACAGGAACGUUCUCCACAAAAAUGGGGUGUUUCACCUUGGCCUUCAACACAGUGCUUUGCAUCUCAUGCUUCUGAGGUCUUCAUGCUAAAAGUUGGUCUUCACUGACUAAUCGGACUCGGUCCAUCUUUGGCGGCACAGAGGAAUUCACUGUACAGUACAUAGAGUAGGGCAUGCACACACCACAAUGAAAGGAAACUAAUCCAAGAUGAUGCCUUGUUUGCAAUAGAAGAAAUUACCAGAAAUAUUUUUUGGGAGCAAAUGUCAAAUUUAUUGCAUAUAUUUUUUCUUUGAUCUAAAAGUGGCCACCUGCUUUUCUGAGGUGUCAUCUACAGAGAACUUCCCUUAUGCAAAAGGACGUUAUUCUGGGCAGCCCUGUUCUUACCACAGUAAUGACAGAAUGUGGACCUAGAACCUUCCGCAUGCAGCAGAACAUUCAUGGGAUUCCAGUUGGACUUUGAAGGCUGGAUCGGACCUUGUUUGUUCCAGAGAGAGCCGAAUGUCAAAUAAGGAUGAAACAGGAAACUGACAUCCUGUCAAAGACACUCCCAAAAAAAAAUCCCAGGGAUUAAUACACAAAAAAAUGCAAAUUAACUUUUAGAAUGGAAUAAGCACUCGCAUGUGAUUGGCUGCAUGAUGGGAUACAGCACGUUUUUCUUUGUUUUAAUGUGAUCUUCCAUUUUGGGUUCUUACUGUUUGUAUCUGAUGGGUUUCUGAACACACACUUAUGUAUCUUCACAGGAUCUGCUGACAGGGUAGAUGAGUCUUCUCUGGCUCUCCAUUAACUGAUUGCCUGAACUGAUUGUUCACUAUUUAUCAGUGUGAGUGAGAUUAAUUUGUCUUGUAAUGACUUGUUUGAAAUCUUCCCUUAGCAUUUAAAUCUAAAGUCUUCCUUCAUUUUGUGUGUCAUUGACUUGAAGGUGAACACCAGCCUGGCAUGUCAUGAACCUCAUGGAUGGAAAUGUUGCCUUGUUGUUUGGUUUUGUUUUUAGUGUGGUGGUUGAAUGGGUUUUACAAAUAACAGCACAUCAUUAGCAUGUACUGCAAACCAACAAGAAAAACGUUCUGCUUUCUGGGUGAAUUUGCUUUGGUUCCAAGGUAUUGUAGGACAUUGGAGUUUAACCAAUUGCUAUACUAUUACAUGUGAGAGAAUUCCUCUAUGUUAUUGUGGGUCAAGCCCAUUCUCAGUGGCGUCACCAGCAAAGGCUGCAUAUCAUCUCGUUGGAAACAGCUAACAGCUUCUGAGGCUCCCCGUAGCUUCAGAGAGAUUCAGAAAUAUUAUCCUCUCCAUUUAGAAGAGAUUGAAGCGUGAGACUGCUAGGAACGUUCAUGCAAGUACUGAGGUCACGUAUAACCUCUAAACAGAUGACCCACAUUUGCUAAACAAGCCUUUUAUUGCUCGUAUAAUGCAAUUUUUUUCCAUUGAAUUUUUAAUAAUAUAUGUAUAGCUGUAUAGGUAAGGUUUAUCUCUGAUGGUCAAUUUAGAAUAUUUAGUAGAUGAGUCAUUUUUUCACUUAGCAUACAUAUCAUGAUGUAAAUUGGGUCUUAAUAACUAAUGAAGGUGUCUGUCUUCAUCAUUUCUGUUCCAGUUGUCAGUGUGCAUUGCCUGACAUUAACACUGGACGCUUGCUUUCGAAGUAGAUAAUACAGAUGUAGAAGCAAAGCCAAUGAAACAUCACCUCUGUUUCUACAUGUAUUCACGGCAGGAAGUGCAGUUUGCUGCCUUUUUUCUGCUUUCAAGUAACAUCACAUAGCUGAAUAUUUCGGUACUGGUCUGGGUCUAAUCAGAAGGGCAACUUUGCCCAUCUACCUCUGCUGUCCUGGUGUCUAAGGUAAUACUGCUGAGGGAAGUGGGCUGUGCACUGGGCCCAUAUUCCAGUUACUCAUGCAUUGCCACUGUGCAUGUAGGUGGUGUGGCUGUUGCUUAGGGAAAGAGUGGAUGAUCCAGCUGAUGGUUUCUCUGUGGAUGUAAGCAUUCUGUGUCAUACUGUCCUGUGUAUGAGUGCACUCUGUGUCGAUCCAUAUCCUGUAAUACUGUACUGAUCCACUCUUCUACACUAUAAAACAAAACAGCUUAAGUACAGCACUGAGCUAUUCGUGUGAAGGUUGUAGGUUCAAAUCCCAGGGAGCACAUAUAAACUUUAAAUUACUUUGGAUAAAAGCAUUAGACACGUGUAAAACAUAAUUAUGACCUUGGUCUUAUGGGUUCUGUAUUAUGAGAUCUAUGGGCUGUAUGGAGGUGAUCUGCAUUUGCAAAACCAAUAAACAUUUAUUAUAAAAUAA